CGGCUCCCGGGGUGCACCGCGCAGCCCCGCCCCCGCCCCGCCCCCGGCGCUGGGCAGGACCUGCUGCGGCCCAAGCUGGGGAGCGCCCCGUGUCGGGGGAGAGCGGGGAGGGCGGCCUCGCAGCCGGUGGCGCCCCGGCUUCUCCCCGCCAGAAGGUCUCGGACCCCAGGACCCUUCCCCUCUUCCUCCCACCUUCCUCGCCUUUAUCCUCCCCGCCCUUCCCGGGGUUCUCGACUGCGGCCGCUCCUCACGCCUGGACCUGCCCUUCUCGGCACCCCUGUUCUCCAGGGAGAUGCGAUGAGCCGGCGCCCCUGCGUCCUCCUCGCCGUCCCGGGCACGGUGCCCGUCCGGUGCCCGCGGUGGGGAAGGAGCCCCCCGCGACACCUCCGCGACGCCCCUCCCUUGGGCCCCCGCCCAGCUGGAGGCCCUGGGCCAUGCCCCAGGGGACCCAUCCAGGCGGUGGGGUCUAGAGCAAAGAGGGUGGAGAGGAGGGAGGACGGGGUCUUGGGCGCCUCUGAGAUGCUCCCAAGCGCCAGUGGAGGCCGAGCGAGGCGCAGGCAACCGGGCAGCAGGCAUGAUGCCCUCGCCCACUGACUCCAGCCGCUCGCUGACCAGCCGACCCAGCACCCGGGGCCUUACCCACCUCCGCCUCCACCGACCCUGGCUGCAGGCCCUGCUCAUGCUGGGGCUGGCCCAAGUGCUCCUGGGCGUCCUGGUGGUCACCUUCAGCAUGGUGGCCUCCUCUGUCACCACCACUGAGAGCAUCAAGAGGUCCUGCCCAUCUUGGGCUGGAUUCUCGCUGGCGUUCUCCGGGGUGGUUGGCAUUGUGUCUUGGAAGCGGCCAUUCACUUUAGUGAUCUCCUUCUUCUCGCUGCUUUCGGUGCUCUGUGUCAUGCUCAGCACGGCUGGCUCUGUUCUCUCCUGUAAGAAUGCUCAGCUGGCCCGGGACUUCCAAGACUGCUCCAUGGAAGGAAAGGUCUGUGUGUGCUGCCCCUCCGUCCCCCUACUCCGGCCCUGUCCAGAGUCAGGGCAGGAACUGAAAGUGGCCCCUAACUCCACCUGUGACGAAGCGCGAGGAGCCCUCAAGAACCUGCUGUUCAGCGUCUGUGGGCUCACCGUUUGUGCCGCCACCGUCUGCACCGUCUCUGCCAUUGUCUGCUGCGUCCAGAUCUUCUCCCUGGGUCUUGCGCACACGCAGCUGGCCCCUGAGCGCUCAGUCUCAGGCCCCUUGGGGCCUCUGGGCUGUACGUCGUCACCCCCAGCUCCUCUCCUACACACCAUGCUGGACUUGGAGGAAUUCAUACCUCCGGUGCCCCCUCCGCCCUACUAUCCCCCAGAGUACACCUGCAGCUCAGAAACAGAUGCGCAGAGCAUCACCUACAAUGGCUCCAUGGACAGCCCGGUGCCCUUGUACCCUACGGAUUGCCCCCCUUCUUAUGAGGCCGUCAUGGGGCUACGAGGAGACAGCCAGGCCACUCUCUUUGACCCUCAGCUUCACGAUGGCUCCUGCAUCUGCGAGCGGGUGACCUCCAUUGUAGACGUGUCCAUGGACAGCGGGUCUCUGGUGCUGUCGGCCAUCGGGGACCUCCCCGGGGGCUCGAGCCCGUCGGAGGACUCGUGCCUGCUGGAGCUGCAGGGCUCCGUGCGCUCCGUUGACUACGUGCUCUUCCGCUCCAUUCAGCGCAGCCGCGCCGGCUACUGCCUCAGCCUGGACUGCGGUCUGCGCGGCCCCUUCGAGGACAGCCCCCUGCCGCGGCGACCCCCGAGGGCCGCCCGCUCCUAUUCCUGCUCGGCCCCCGAGGCCCCACCCCCACUGGGGGCCCCCACGGCCGCCCGCAGCUGCCACCGGCUGGAGGGCUGGCCGCCCUGGGUGGGACCCUGCUUCCCUGAGCUGAGGCGGCGGGUCCCCCGGGGAGGCAGCCGGGGAGGCGGCCGGUCCGCUGCGGCCCCUCCCGCCCGCGCCCCCACUCGCCGCUUCAGCGACAGCUCAGGUUCCCUCACCCCCCCGGGGCACCGGCCUCCUCAUCCGGCUCCCCGACCACCGCUGCAGCUGCCUCGGUCCCACAGUGACCCAGGCAUCACCACCUCCAGCGACACCGCUGACUUCAGGGACCUUUAUACCAAAGUGCUCGAGGAAGAAGCUGCUUCCGUUUCCUCUGCAGAUACAGGUCAGGCAUGUGGUUGGUACCGAGGUGGGGGGAGGCGGUUAUGGGAGUUUUGCCUGGCCCUCCGUGCACCUCCCUUCCCACCUUCUCUGUCUCCAGGGCUCUGCUCUGAAGCCUGCCUCUUCCGUCUAGCCCGCUGCCCUUCGCCCAAAUUGCUACGUGCCCGCUCAGCUGAGAAACGGCGCCCCGUGCCCACCUUUCAAAAGGUCCCCCUGCCCUCGGGCCCGGCACCUGCCCACUCCCUGGGAGACCUGAAGAGCAGCUGGCCAGGCCGAGGCUUGGUCACUCGUUUCUUCCCGAUGUCCAAGAAGGCCCCAGACCCCAGUGGGAAUGGGGCCCAUGGGCUUAAGCAGGUGCCCCGAAGCCCAUGGGGCCGGCCAGGCCGAGAGAGCCUCCACCUUCGAAGCUGUGGCGACCUGAGCUCCGGCUCUUCCCUGCGACGCCUCCUGUCUGGCCGCCGGCUGGAGCGCAGUACCCGCCCCCACAGCCUCAGCCUCAAUGGGGGCAGCCGGGAGACUGGGCUCUGACCGGGGCUUCUUGCCACUCUGAACAGCUCCAGAUGAAUGCUGGGGCCAUAGGCACCAGCUGGUUGGGACCAACCAGCACCCCAUGCACUGGCUGACACAAAAAGAAACCCGCUGAACACCCCCAGAAGUAUCCCUUUGCCUCCUACCUCUGGGAGCUCCUCCUGCUUGCCAUUGCCCCUUGGGACUAGGAGGGCUUCUGUCCUGUGCUGCAUGGGUAUUUGGGUGUUCAGGCUGGCGCGGGGAGAGGCCCCUGCUUACAGCAUCGGAAGAGGAAAAUAAAGCCCUACCCCAGCAUGAACGAGCUCUCCGACUGGACAGGGGCACUCUGGCCAGGGCAAAGCCAUGUCCCAGUGCUUAUGCACAGGGGCUGUGUGCCUGUGCAAUGCGGUGGUAAGGCAUGAAGAGUCCGAGAAAUCUCGGUGGCUCUCAGAUCUGCCACCUCUAGCUGCAUGACCUGGGGCAAAUUAUUUAACCUCAACUGCCUGAUCCAUAAAACAUUAUGAAGAUGAAUGUUUGUAAAGCUCUUAAUACACUAAAUAAGCCUUCAAUAAAUUUCAGUUUUCCCCCUUC